CGGAAGAGUCGUUGGGAAAACGUUAUUGAAUCCCUACUAUAGAUUACACCAAAUUUAACGCUUGCAAGAGUUACAGAUUAGAGAAAAAUUUAACCUAUAUAUAAGAUCCGUAAUUUAGUUUAAAAUUCAUUCACGGGAUUGUUGACGUUUUCGGACUUUUUGAAUUGUCCUUUUCUUUUUGUCUUGAAGUUGAAAGCUACAAAGCAUGGAAGACAAAACCAAAGUCGUUGAACAGUACAAAGAGGGCGAUGAAAAUCCAACCAGCUGGAAAUUAAGAAAAAACUUUUUGAUCAUGCAUUAUGACAAAUUUCCCGAGAAUAGACUUGUUUGUUUAUCUAAAUGUUACAUUAAUGUUAAGAUUGAUGGGUGCCGUUACCCAGACCCAGUUAUGACCCAGUUGCAUGAACUGAGCAAAGAACUGGGCGAAACUAUGUAAAUAACAAAAACAGAACAUCCAAAAUUGUUAGUAAAAACAGUAAUAAUUAACUGUGUUACAAAUAUGGAUGAAAACAAAAUGUGCAGUUUUAAUGUUGAGAAGUUCCAUGAGGUGGAUGAGAAUCCAUCCAGUUGGAAAUUGAGAAAACUUUUUUUACAAGCUCAUUGGAGCAAAUUUCAAGAAGAUCGACUAAUUUGUUUGUCCAAGUGUUUUGUGAAUGUAGAACAGGAUGGAUGUACAUAUCCAGAACGCGUUAUGAGGCAACUUGCUGAACUACGCAAGGAGUUGCCUGAAAUUGUUGAGGAACAAAAAGAUAACAGGAAGAGAAAAGCCUAUACAAUGAACUUUGUCAAGGCCUCGGAUACCCAGGAUAUUGGUUCAUUACCUGUUGAUGGUGAAUUGCCAAUGUCUAGUACUAUGACCAGUACUAGUUCAGCGUAUAAUUCUUUCCAAAAUAAUAAUGCAUCUUACGGUUUUGUUAAAUCGGAUGUAGAAUAUAAAAGUACUGAUAUUUCUGACACCAGUCACGAAAGUAUAGAGAUUGAGCCAAACCGGAAACGACCCAAAAAAAUGAAAUAUGCAUCUGAGAAUUUUAAAACAGCUUUACAAGAUUUGCAGGUGUUAGAUCAAAGUAGACAGGGGGAAGAACUAGAUGAACAUUUUGCUAGUCUUGGCAAAACUGUGAAACUGUUGCAAAAUCCAAUAAAAAAUGACAUUGAAAUUCUGUAUGAGGCAGUGUCAAAGAUUCACAUGGGUAUACAAUUUAACAUUGAUUUUGUUGAAAAUGGAAGCUGUUUUGAAUGUGUGCUGCAAGUUGACUCUGUGGAAGUAGCAAGAGAGAAAGGUCCAAACAAGAAAGCAGCUAAACACAAUGCUUUCAAGGCAGCCAGCAAAAAACUGUUGAUGAAAUACCUUAGUGUAAUUUCUUCAAAGCUGGAGAGCUCUGAUGUCCCAUUUACUAAAGAAGAAAUACCAGAUAACGAAGUGUCUUACGAAAGUAAUCUGAAUCAGUUGCCAAAAAGCAAUUUUAAGAUGCGGCAUGAAAAUUCUUUGAAACCUCUGAAUCAGUUUCUUAUCAUGCAGCCUGUUAAUGCAGGUAUAACAUCUUCCAUGCAGAUUCUUCGACAGAGUGCAGACUUCAACAAAGCUUUGUUGUCAUACUAUUUUUAUCCUGAUAUUGGUGGGAUGAAAUGUUGUGUGGCUAUUAACGAGGUGCCCGUGAUUGAAUGUCUGGCUUGUACCAAGCAAGCAGCCAAAUACAAAGCGUCUGAUAUGGCACUGGAGCUUUUGAGAGAUGAAUGUUGGACAAUUUGCUUGAAGCAGUGUGUUGACACUGACCAGGCAAGUUUGUCCAAAGAGGAAGUUCUUGGUGAUAUCGAGAAACAGUCGGAGCAGAUUCCUGAGAGUAACGUAGGUAACAAAUUACUGAGGAAAAUGGGUUGGGCUGGAGGUGGAGUGGGGAAGGAUGGAACAGGUAUUGCUGACCCAGUAGCUGUUGAGCAGGUGAUAAACCGUGAAGGCUUGGGACUACAGGCACAGAAAGGCAUCUCGGUCGAUGUCAAAGCCAAGCUGGAGGGCCUGAUCUUGAACUAUGCUCGAUCCAACAGGGAAGAUGAUUUGGUGUUUACAUCUGAUUUUACAAAGGAAGAACGUGCUAUUCUUCACCUGUACAGUCAGAAACUUGGGCUGAUAUCUCGUAGCCAUGGCAAAGGUGACAGCCGGUAUUUGACAGUAAGACGGAAGAGGUCAGCUGACCAGCUGUUCAAUCACAUCAUGAAUCAUGGAGGGUCCACCUCAAAAUACGACUUGUUUGCUCCAGGAACUUUUCCAUUUGAUUGCUGAAACUAACUAGUGUAGAUUUGAACAUGUACAUUUACCAUGGUUUUAAUUUUUCUGUUUUUAACAAAUCACAAUUAGCAAUUUUCACCGUGUAAUUUGAGUAUGUUACAUAUUUGUGUAGUGUAGAAAAUUGUAUUUACAUUUAAAAAACCUUCAUACACUAAUGUUUGUAUGACAAUACAUCUGAAUGAUUUAUUUUAAAAACUUUAGAACUGUUACAGUGAAAUGAAGUAAUUAUUAUUAUAUAAAAUACUUCCCCUAAUUUGGGAACAACAGGUUUUUUGGUCUGUUCUGAACACCGUCUCUUUUAGAUUAGUAAUGUUACUAAUUUGCUGAAGAGAUGUGGAUAUUCAGAAAUCUAUUUCAAGUUAUUUUAGUACAAUUAAAGCUUAGUAUUUUAGUGGUUUUGAGGUCAGCAUGUUUUGUACCUAAUUUGGGCAUUUAUUUCCUUGACUUUGAUACAGAAUAAAGCUUUGACUUGAC